AAUAUUUGAUCCGCUAAUCAUAGUACCAAUAUAUCUACAAUCAUCAUAGAAGCUUAACCUUAUUAACUCUGCCAAAAAUUCUUACGAAUACUGUAAAACAAUAGUCAAAAUAAUGUUCAAAUGUUUUAAUAUAGUCAGUGGAUUUACAAAGACUUUGCAGAAGAAUAGUACACGUACUUUUAGUUUUCAAAGUUUAAAAAAACUUUGUAAAAUAUAUUUAACUGAAACACCUGAAAUUGCAAAACCUCCUUAUAAUUUCAUUUGUCAAGUUGGUAAUCCUGUUUUAAGACAGAAAACGUCAUGUAUAGAUGAAAAGAUAAUACAAACGCAAGAAUUUCAAAAAAUACUUGAUCAUUUAUAUGAAUUAUUGAAGAAAUAUGAUACAGUAGGAUUAGCAGCACCACAAAUUGGCUUACCUUGGCAAUUAUUUGCUAUUGAAGUGACGGAAGAAACUGUGAAACAUAUUCAUCCAUAUAUACGAAAAUGUUAUGGUAUCACAACUUAUCCAUUAACAUAUUUUAUUAAUCCAAAAAUGAAAAUAAUAAAUCCUGAAGAAAUUGUACAUUUUGAAACAUGCGCAAGUAUUCAUUGUUAUUAUGCGGAAGUACCAAGACCAAAAGAAGUUGAAAUUGAAGCACUUAAUAAAUUUGGAGAAUCAUUUUCUAUGAAAGCAGAAGGUUGGUUAGCUAGAAUUGUUCACCAUGAAAUGGAUCAUUUAAAAGGUCAUUUAUAUACUGAUAGAAUGUUUCCAUUUUCAUUUAAUUAUGGUGAGUGGAAAAUAGAUAAAUAUAAAGAAGGUAUUGUUAAUUAAUUAAGUACUUUAUAGGAUAAUAUUAAUAUAUAAUUUAGGGUUAUAUUAAUUU